UGUCCAGGGUGAUGUGGGCCCCGGAGCUAGCACUUCUGAGAGGCUUCCCCACUGAGGCUGAGCGGCAGCAAUGGAAGCAGGAGGGGGUUGCUGGUUCAGAGAGUGGAUCUUUCCUGCAGUUGCUGCUAGAAGGAAACUAUAAAGCCAUAUUCUUAAAUUCUCUGACUCAAAAUAUUUUUAAUUCAACAAUGACGGCUGAAGAAAAGAUUGACAGCUAUCUGGAGAAGCAGAUAGUAACAUUCCUGGAUUACUCAGAAGAUUCGGAUAAAAGAGAAAGACAACAGCUGGUAUUCCUGCUUGGUGUGGGCAGCCUGCAACUUUUUGUUCAGACUAACUGGACGGGGCCUCUUGUUGAUUUACACCCUGAGGAUUUUUUGCCAUCUGGUUUGCUCCAGCAUUUCAGUGAGGUCAGGGGACUGGAUGCAGUUGUUUUGAGCCUGCUCACUCUAGACGGUGAAUCAGUCUACAGCCUGACCCUGAAGCCUAUCCUGCUGCUGUUGGCACGUAUUAUCCUAGUGAAUGUAAGGCAUAAACUGACCGCUGUUCAGAGCUUACCAUGGUGGACGUUGAGAUAUGUGAAUAUCCACCAGCAGUUGCUUGAGGAACGCUCACUUCAGCUUUUUGCUCUUGCUGGCAACUGUAUUAAUGAAGUGAUGAAACUAGAACACCUGUUUGUAGGUGAUUCAGGUCGAUAUUUGGCCAUUCAGUUCCAUCUGGAAUGUGCAUAUAUGUUUUUAUAUUAUUAUGAGUAUCAAAAAGCAAAAAAUCAGUUCAGUAUCGCUAAAGACAUUAGCAAAUUACAAAUUGAUUUAACAGGUGCUUUGGGAAAAAGGACACGAUUUCAGGAAAAUUAUGUGGCACAACUGAUUCUAGAUGUAAGAAGAGAAGAGGAUGUCCUUUCAAGUUGUGAAUUCAGCCCAGCUCCCACUCCUCUGGAACAUUUAACCAAAAAUCUUGAGCUCAGUGAUGAUACUGUUCUGAAUGAGAUAAAGUUAGCAGAUUGUGAACAGUUUCAGAUGCCUGACCUGUGUGCUGAAGAGCUUGCUGUUAUCCUUGGAAUCUGCUUAAAUUUUCAAAAGAAUAACCCAGUGCAUAAAUUAACGGAAGAGGAGCUGCUGGCAUUUACAUCAUGUUUGCUUUCACAACCAAAGUUCUGGGCCAUUCAGACGUCAGCUUUGCUCCUCCGGACAAAACUUGAGAGAGGGAGCACACGCCGAGUGGAACGGGCCAUGAGGCAGACGCAGGCUCUUGCAGACCAAUUUGAAGAUAAAACUACAUCCAUAUUGGAACGUCUGAAGAUUUUCUAUUGUUGUCAAGUACCACCUCACUGGGCCAUUCAGCGUCAACUUGCCAGUUUGCUCUUUGAGUUGGGAUGUACCAGUUCAGCCCUUCAGAUAUUUGAGAAGCUAGAAAUGUGGGAGGAUGUUGUCAUUUGUUAUGAAAGAGCUGGGCAGCAUGGGAAGGCAGAAGAAAUCCUUAGGCAAGAGCUGGAGAAAAAAGAAACACCAAGUUUAUACUGUUUGCUUGGAGAUGUUCUUGGAGACCACUCUUGCUAUGACAAGGCCUGGGAGUUGUCCCGGCACCGCAGUGCCCGCGCUCAGCGCUCUAAAGCCCUCCUUCACCUUCGGAACAGGGAGUUCCAAGAGUGUGUGGAAUGCUUCGAACGCUCGGUGAAGAUUAAUCCCAUGCAGCUCGGGGUGUGGUUUUCUCUGGGCUGUGCCUAUUUGGCCCUGGAAGACUAUGGAGGUUCAGCAAAGGCGUUUCAGCGUUGUGUGACCCUAGAGCCCGAUAAUGCUGAGGCUUGGAACAACUUGUCAACUUCAUAUAUCCGAUUAAAACAAAAAGUGAAAGCUUUUCGAACUUUACAAGAAGCUCUCAAGUGUAACUACGAACACUGGCAGAUUUGGGAAAAUUACAUCCUUACCAGCACUGAUGUUGGGGAGUUUUCAGAAGCCAUUAAAGCUUAUCACAGGCUCUUGGAUCUACGAGACAAAUACAAAGAUGUUCAGGUCCUUAAAAUUCUGGUCAGGGUGGUGACUGACGGGAUGACUGAUAGAAGUGGAGGUGUUGCCACGGGCCUCAGAGGAAAGCUGCAGGAGUUAUUUGGCAGAAUAACUUCACGGGUGACAAAUGAUGGAGAAGUCUGGAGGCUGUAUGCCCAAGUGUAUGGAAACGGGCAGAGUGAAAAGCCUGAAGAGAAUGAAAAGGCAUUCCAGUGUCUCUCGAAGGCGUACAAGUGUGACACACAGUCCAGUUGUUGGGAGAAAGACAUCACAUCAUUUAAGGAGAUUGUUCAAAGAGCCUUAGGACUUGCACAUGUGGCUGUAAAAUGCAGUAGGAACAAAGCCAGCCCUCAAGAAGCUGUUCAGGUGCUUUCUGCAGUUCGACUCAAUUUGCGGGGCCUGCUGUCUAAAGCUAAGCAACUUUUUACAGAUGUGUCCAGUGGAGAAAUUUCCAGGGAGUUAGCUGAUGAAAUAGCAGCUAUGGACACCUUGGUAGUGGAGCUCCAAGACCUGAGCAACCAGUUUCGAAAUCAGUAUUGACCACACCAAGAGCAGUUUCUGGAAGAAGUGCUUUUACCUUCUGGUGAAAGAUAAGUUUGUAUAUAUGAAAUAUAAGAUACUGAUUUUUAAAAUAAAUUUCUGUUUUAUG